GUCAUCUCGUCCUCCUCACACCCCCUCUGUUAUUGUUUUCUGCCCGUUGAUUGAGAUGGCCUCUACCUCGUACAACACCGACAUCGACGCCCUGCCGCGUCCGCAGGAUGUUGGUAUCCUCGCCAUUGAGAUGUACUUCCCCCGCAGGUGCAUCUCUGAAGAGGACCUCGAGGUCUUCGACGGCGUCUCCAAGGGCAAGUACACCAUCGGCCUCGGCCAGAAGAACAUGGCGUUCUGCGACGACCGCGAGGACAUAAACUCCUUCGCGCUCUCUGCCGUCUCCUCCCUCCUCGACAAGUACAACAUCGACCCCAAGUCCAUCGGCCGCCUCGAGGUCGGCACCGAGACCAUCAUCGACAAGUCCAAGUCGGUCAAGACUGUGCUCAUGGACCUCUUCGCCGCCUCGGGCAACCACGACAUCGAAGGCAUCGACUCGAAGAACGCGUGCUACGGCUCUACCGCCGCGCUCUUCAACGCCGUGAACUGGAUCGAGUCCAGCUCCUGGGACGGCCGUAACGCCAUCGUGUUCGGCGGUGAUAUUGCUAUCUACGCGGAGGGCGGCGCCCGCCCGGUCGGUGGUGCCGGCGCCUGUGCCAUGCUCAUCGGACCUAAUGCCCCCCUGGUCCUCGAACCCGUCCACGGGACUUUCAUGUCCAACACCUACGACUUCUACAAGCCGAAGCUCGACUCGGAGUACCCCGAGGUCGAUGGCCCGGCCUCCACGGUCACUUACGUCGACGCGCUGGACCACGCAUACAGCACCUACCGCGCGAAGGUCGCCAAGUUUGCGAAGCUGCACGGCACCUCGAACGGCUACACCAACGGGCACUCCAACGGGUCCAACGGUCACGCCAACGGCGACGCGAACGGCUUCGCCGACGGCGUCAAGCCUCCCGCGCCCAAACCCGCGUUCAGCAUCACCGACGUCGACUACUCCGUCUUCCACUCGCCCUACGGCAAGAUGGUGCAGAAGGGCCACGCGCGGAUGUACUACAACGAUUUCCUCCAGGACCCGUCCUCGCCCCGCUUUGCGGGCGUGCCCAACGCCGAGGCGUUCGCGUCCGUUCCUCGCGCCAAGUCGCUCACCGACAAGACGCUCGAGAAGGCGUUCAUGGCCGUCGCCAAGGCGGACUACGCCGCGCUCGUCGAGCCUUCGAUGCACUGCGCGAAGCGUUGCGGGAACAUGUACACCGCGUCGCUCUACGGCGGUCUAUCUAGCUUGGUUUCAGCCGUCGAGCCCGCGGAGCUCAAGGGCAAGCGGUUCAGCAUGUACGCGUUCGGCUCGGGCUGUGCGAGCAGCUUCUUCGUCAUCAAGGUUAAGGGCGACACGACCGAGAUCCGGGAGAAGCUUGAUCUGUUCAAGAGGCUCGACGCGAUGAAGGUCGUGCCCUGCCAGGAGUACGUCGACGCUCUUGCGCUCCGUGAGAAGAACCAUAACGCCGGCUCCUACAUCCCGAGCGGGUCCAUCGACAACGUCUGGCCCGGCGCGUUCUAUCUCGAGGAGAUCGACGACAAGUACCGCAGGAAGUACGGCCGCGCACCAUCCGCCACCGCAUAACCGUCUGGCAUUCCGCAUCCGCACUGCCAAUGUUCUUUUCCCAUUUCCCUGCACUUUCACUUAAUUCAAUCACGAUACUGCAUGGAUUCGCUUUGGGGAUGAUUGAUCUUUAUUUACACGGCAUUAGAAUGUACUCAUAGAAAUACCUUAACGCGCUGAUGAUCCCACGACCCGUUCAUAGAUACUACUUUACAUUCAAUCGUCAUCAGUGCUUCGAGGACGUUGGGGAACAUGACAAUGAGGAUGUGAACUGCAUUAUACAGGUGGGCUCCUUGACUCUCAGCUCAUCUCUAGCAAGGCUUCGAUGCUUUUCCCGAGAUCGCCUUGAUUCGCCUCUAACACCCACUCGAUCACCUCGUUAUCGGUGCCCGGGAACAUCUGCACGAGCGUCUCCUUCGCCGCGAUAGUUGCAUGCUCAUGUGCCCUGUCGAUCUCGGCUUGCAUGCCCGCAAAGUCGAGGUUGGGCGUCGGCGUGCGCGACACAUCCGUCCCUUGGCCCUCGACAGCGAGUAGCUCCGACUGCGCGAGGGACUGUACGCGCGCCGGGAGCGGCUGCUGCUGCUGGAACGUCGGCUGGGGUUGAGAAUGGUAAGCUUGCGAAGGGCCGAGGGCCAGCGGCUGGUGAGUGUACGGCCCCGCUGGACCGGGCCGCGUCGGCGUCUCGUCGUAGAAGCCGCCGCCGGGGGACGCGGUUCCAGAAGCAGACGACGGGAUGCGUCUCACCCGCGGCUUGUACGGCGUCUGGUACUGAACGUCCGGGCCCGCCCCAGCCGGUGUCUGCGGCGCGCUGCCCUCCGCCGCGCGGCUCUCCCGCCCGAUCUCCCACGGCGCGAACGGGCCAGGGAGGUAGCUUCCCAGCUUGCUUCGCCCUUCUUGUUGCCCCUGGCCUGAUGACUGGCCGACGGGGGCGGUGACGCCGUCGACGACCUCGUUGAAGAUCCGUCCGAUCGCGCUGAGCGGCUUGGAGAUGGUCCCGCCCGCUUCGCGAAGUAGCUUGCGCGCGUCUUCGGCGAGGGCUAUGCCUGGACUGGGCAAUGCGAGGGGUGUGGCGGCUUCUUCUCCUAGGUGAGGCGAGGACGGGUGGGCCGAAGGGGUAUUCGGAAGUGGGAGGGGCGCGGGUAUUGUGCUCGGGGUGCGAGACGGCGUGGAGCGUCCGGACGAGCUUGUGGAUCCGGAUUGAGAGCCGACUGAAGUCUUGAGCUCGGGCGUGCUUGGUAAUGCCGAGAUCGCGGCUUCGACGUUGCGUUCGAACUCUUCCUGUGUGAUGUUCGACAACGAUGUGUGGUCCAUGGUCUCGAUGAAUGACACGGCGCCCAUCAAGCUGGAUAAGUAGUAUCCCGCUUCGCUCUGGAGCUUCGACGGGUUCCGGAAACGGUUGAUAAACUCGACGUUUGAUAGCAGAUGCUCCGGAUUAGCCUUGAGGACCACGAAGAUCAAUAUUGGAAGGAACGAGUCGGCGCCUUCUUCACGUUUCAUAUGCCUUAUCAGACCGAAUAUGACCUUGCAACAGUUCAGGAUACAAAUGAGCUUGUCACGAGGAGCUUUAUAAUGGUUGAUCUUGAGCAGUUCUUGCUCAGCGAACAUCAUGAAGCCUCCAGUGCCUUCGCCUUCGGGUACAUCCAAGUGUUUUGGUUCGAUCCAGCCAAAUAACGCAAUUCGCUGUGAUAGUAUGCGGUCGCGUUCCAAAUCAUCGGAUGUGACUGGCCGAGGAGGCACCGAGGCAGCUAUAUGCGGAGUAAAGGUAUAGUCAUAGAGUCUGUUCAUGACGAGUUUCUCCAUCCCUUCGAGAGCGUUAUCGAAAUCCGCAUCGGACGCGUUUCGCCAUACAUCGGUUUCGCGCAUUUUCCCAGCGAUGAAGUUAAGGAAGUCGUGGAUCAACUUGACCUGAUCGUUCACGGUGAACGUCCGUUUCGCAAAGUUGCUCAAGAAUGACCGUAAGUACUUCGCAACCGGUUCUGCACCUUUCAUCUUCAUUUGAUCGAGGAACUUCUGGAAGUCGAACUCCUUCUCUUUAUCCUUGUCCUUGUCUUUUUCCCUCCGUAUUCGGGCACCACCUGGUAGAGGAGACCCGUCUCGUGAUGGAUCCGGCGAGCCAUCGGUACUAUUGGAGGCAGAAAUUCGCGGAGAACCGGGCAGGGAGGGAUUCCGUCUCUGUCGGGCGGCGAAAGAGGAUAUUGUCGAGGGAGAAGGUACGGAGGUGGCGGUGUCCAUCGAGCGCGGUCGUUCACGCUGACCGCCGC